AUGCUGGGCCUGCUGCCCAAAAACAGUCAACAGAGACGAGAGAAAGCCGCUGCCACCGACUGCUUCCCUGACCCAGCGAGCGCCAACAAGUCUUCCCUGUCUCGCCUAGCCAAGGUCGGCUACAGGCAGGAGCAACAUACCUCUUCGAUCCAGAUGUACACCUUCUGGGGUCACUGGGUGCGGCUACCGUACCAGCUGCCUGCAAAGCUCGGCAGCGUCAAGUCCUCAACAGAUGCGCUGGUAGACACGUUCCAUGAGAUUGCCGCUGCUGGGAACGGAGGCAAGCAGGUCAAACAGAGACCUGCAGCGUUCAGGCCAUAG